CAGCCAGGGCUUGGGCUUUGCACCCGGCGGCGGCUGAGAACGGUGGCUGCUGCGGAGACGGCAGCAGCGCAGGCGGGCAGAGCGGAGCUGCCCAGCCCGGUGGCGGGCGAUGCCCCCAUGAGCCUCUCUCGCCGCCCCUCCCCGCCCCGCGCCCCUACCCCUGGGAGUCCAUCGCCACCGGCUUAGGACCGGGCCGCGCCUACCGCGGGUCCGCGGGGCGGGGUCCCGGGGCUGCACCUGCCCCGCCUUGCCGAGUCGCCUCGCUCAGGGGCACCCCUCCCUGUCUGGACCCCAGCCCCAUCCCCGGGAAGGAUCCCAUCUGAUGCCAGUGUAGUCUGGAGAGCCAGGCUGGGCCCAGUUGAUGAGCAGAUUCUUUGCCACAUCACCUCCUGGGAGCUACCCUGAUUGCCUUUGCCUCCUUUCUUGAGCAGAAGUCAACUGAAGCCUUGAGUCAGUUCCAUAGGGGUGUGCUGUAGAGAGGGGCAAGCCCCUUGUGAUGCGGAACACCACGCUCAGACUCAUCAGUUUGAAUUGCCUACAGCCUGACUACCCCACAGACCAUGUUUAACGGGGAGCCGGGGCCGGCCUCGGCCGCAGCAUCUAGGAACGUGGUCCGGAGCUCCAGCAUCAGCGGCGAAAUCUGUGGCGCUCAGCAGAGUGGGGGCGGGACUGGAACCACCACCUCCAAGAAGCGACGCAGCAGCCUCGGGGCCAAGAUGGUGGCCAUCGUGGGCCUGACACACUGGAGCAAGAGCACACUACAGCUCCCACAGCCCGAAGGAGCCACCAAGAAGCUGCGCAGCAACAUCCGGCGGAGCACGGAGACGGGCAUUGCAGUGGAGAUGCGGAGUCGGGUCACUCGCCAGGGCAGCCGAGAGUCCACUGAUGGGAGCACCAACAGCAACAGCUCCGAGGGCACGUUCAUCUUUCCCACCACCAGACUUGGGGCUGAGAGUCAGUUCAGCGAUUUCCUGGAUGGGCUGGGUCCAGCCCAGAUUGUGGGCCGACAGACACUGGCAACACCACCUAUGGGCGAUGUGCACAUUUCCAUCAUGGACAGGAGCGGCCAGCUAGAGGUGGAGGUGAUUGAGGCUCGGGGCCUGACCCCAAAACCAGGCUCCAAAUCCCUCCCAGCCACCUAUAUCAAAGUUUACUUGCUUGAGAAUGGGGCUUGCUUGGCCAAGAAGAAGACAAAGCUGGCCAAGAAGACCUGCGAUCCCCUGUACCAGCAGGCUCUGCUCUUUGAUGAGGGUCACCCAGGCAAGGUCUUGCAGGUGAUCGUCUGGGGCGACUACGGCCGCAUGGACCACAAGUGCUUCAUGGGCAUGGCCCAGAUCAUGCUGGACGAGCUGGACCUGAGCGCCGCCGUCUCAGGCUGGUACAAACUCUUCCCCACGUCUUCAGUGGCAGACUCUACACUGGGAUCCCUGACCAGGCGCCUGUCCCAGUCCUCCCUGGAGAGUGCCACCAGCCCUUCAUGUUCCUAAGGACCUCAAGAAGAGGAGGGAUAUGGUGUGGGGAGGGGUGCUUCAGGCUGCCCCUCCCCCUGUACAUAAUCUUCACAUUUGGACCCCUUGCCCUGCUGCAUGCCUGUUGGCUACUGGCCCCAUCCCAGCUGGCAGUGGAGACUGUAGUGUGUGUGUGCGUGUGCGUGUGCGUGUACGUAUGUUUGUGUGUCUAUGCGUGCCCAUGUUAUACAUCCAUCCAUCUGUCUGGAUAUAGUCUGUCUUGGUGACUAUAUAGCCUGAAAUCCAUGUCUGUGUCUUGCUGUAAAGAAAACCCAAAGGAGUGGUAUGUGGACACACCUCUCUGAGCCUUCCAGCGGUGGGUGUCUGGGACACGACCACUGGCUCAUCUUACCUGGUCCUGUCCUGAGGCAGAGCCUCCGUGUCCCCUCUAUCCUUCCUCUUGGUAUCUCUGCUGAUUUUUCUGUCUUGUCCUUUGUUCCACCCUUCACCUCUUUCAGCACUGCUGCUCUUUUUGAGGAAUGUAGCAUCUCCUUCAGCUGGCCACUUUGAAGGCCCCUCUGGGAACCCGACCCCCCCCUUCCCCAGCCUCCCGUGGUAGCUCUUCCCACUGGACGCCCUGCAGCAUGGAACAUGUUCCGCCAGUGCCUGGCCAGGCCUGCAACCACCGGCUGCCCAGGGAGUUGAGGGCUUAGAAAUGAUUUUUCUCCCUGAAACUACAGCCACCUCCUUCCUCUAGGCAAACACUGGAGGCCUCGGUGGCCUGGGCUUGCUGACCAGAUAGCUUGGAGGGAAGUGCAGGCUCUUCCCCUCACAUUCUUCUCCCAGCUCUCCAGAGUCUCUGAGCCAAAGGAGUGCCCCCCAGUGGGUGCUGUGUGGUCUUGGCAUCCAGGAGGCUGGCUCAGAGGGCAAACAUUGCCAGAGCAGCCAGUUCCUGGGGGCACCUAUGUGCAGCCCAGUCUCUGGUAGGCCAGAGCAGAGGGGAAGUGAUGGUGACCCUGUUUGCUGGGGUGGGGAUGGCUGGGGCUGGUGGCUUUCUAGCCUUCCUGGAUUCUCCUGUCAAGCCUCUGGAGAGUAGCUGCAUGAUAUAGAACAUCUGGAGGCUCUUUUUUUUUUUUUUCUCCUUUCCAGACCAGGGUUCUCCUUUCUAGAUGGCUUGGGCUCAGCCCCCUGGCUCCCUGGAUGUUCUGGCUCUAGACUCUAGACCGCCACCAUCACCAGCUCUGUACAAGCAAUACUUACCCUCCUGCCUCCCUGCCUCUUGCACUCGCCACUGCCCUCUGGAAAGUGGCCUGCCCUGCUCCAGCCACAUCAUCUGCCUCUGCGUCUUUCCACUCUUGUCUAGUUGGAGCCUCCCAAAGCCACACAAACCCAGACUUCACUGAGCCAUGUUGGUGGGGACCAGUGUCUGCACUAGGCCUGUAAGAUGCCUGCUGGGAUUCCUAAUGGCUGGCUUAGGAAGACCUCGAUCUGCCCCUCACCUGCUCCUUACUCAGUUCCAGGGGAGAAGAAAGGGGAGGAGAUGCCCAGGAGAUGGACAUGGAAGCCCUUGUCCAGUAGGGAGGCGAGACAUAUAGCAGGAGGGGUGAGGGAAUAAGAAGAUUCUCUCCACAUCUUCCUAGGUCUAACCUGUUUAUGAGGCAGCAGCAGGACCCAGGGCAGCAGUGGAAUAAUCUCAGGCCUGAGUGCUUGGACCCCAUUCAAAACCAAAGCAGGUUGGACUUGGAGGUGGGUUCAGAGGGAGGGAGAGAAGAGGCUUUGUGAAGAUAAAGCCAUCUCUGCUCAAAGGGCCUCCUCUGGAGGGGACCUCAUUAGGAUAAAGCAGAUCCCUGUACUGUCCCUUACAAGAAAACCAAAUGAAGAAACCAAGACCCUAUUUGUACUGUCCCCAGACAGAAAGUCAGCAUGAGUAAUCAGGAAGUGAGCAACCGAGCUCCUGAACUCCUGAGCUCCUGCCCCAGCCUCCCUUCAUACAAAACCUUGUGUGCAGAGACAGAGAGAAGAGACAGCUGGACCAUUUUCUUUUUGGCAGAAAUUCUCUCCCAUAACCAGGACUGAGUAAUGCAUGCAUUUGUUGUGUUCCUAAAAAUGAGAAAAGGGCUAUGUGCUCUGGCUUUAGGGUGGGCAGAGGGAGAAAACUGACAUAUUCUCUCUGAGAUAUUCACCCUCAGAAUGGUGUGAAAGUGCGUCUUGGAGUUGUGAGCUUAGUGGUGAUAGUGUAGACAUUUACUAGCUGACAGCUCUCCUAAGCAUGUAGUCACCCCUGGGGAAAGGGAUAUCAUUGUUCCUUUAGGGGCCCAGGAAGACAGAGAGAAGGAAGCUAUCAGCAGAGGCUGCUGCUGGGUAACUGCACGUUCUGCUGCCCCCUAUCUCUGGGGUGGGUUAUUAGCACUGGAGAUGUCUAGUUAUAAGUGGAGCUAUAGGUAACUUGGGGCUGAGCCAUUCUCAGUCUGCAGCUGGCUGAGAUUUGGGCUACUCCCCUAUGUCACCUCUUUACUGGGGAGUCAUCCCCACCCCCAAAUCGACCUUGGAGAGGGAUUCUUUUCAGUCCUUCACACCAAAUAGGUUACGAAUCCCCACCUGCCCCCACCACUUUAGGUGUAGUUGUGCAAUGCUGAUGUGGAUGCAUGAGGCAAGCGGCAGGAUUGCAAGGUCCACACCUUAGCAUCCUGGAUGCUGGGAACCCUGCAGGUUGUCUGGGGGAACUUUCUGCACUUAUCUGUCCCAGAAGAGGGAGGAGCAUGAGUGUGACUAGGGUUGGGAGCAUCUGUCCUUUUGAAGAGGGAACAUGGGAAAAGGAACGUGGACACCCCCUCUCCUCCCAUUCCCUCCUAACUUGGGGCCAGCUUGCUCUGAGCUGCAGGCACCCCUCACCUCAAGUGAAACCUGGUGUUGAUUCCUGGAUGGGGCUCUGUCAUCCCAGGCCCAGGCAGGAUGUGUGCAAGAUGUGGUCCUACAGUGACGCUGGGCUGUGAGCAGGGACCGUGACAGAUGAGUCGGAACAUCCACCUUCAUUUCUGCUCUGUGCAGUCUGUCCCACUUCCUUCCUCAAACCCAUCCCUAUGGGGAAGUCUGUGAUAGCCCUAUGGUAUGAAUCAGGCUUCGGUAAUUGGGAUCAAGUCUUGGUUCGACAUAGUGGAUUUUUUCCUUUGAGGAUGAACCACUGCUAGCACCACUCCCACCCACUCUGUUCCAUCACCCUGCUCUCCUAGGGAAGGAAGGCUUAGGAGGCUCUUGGUACCCAGCAAGUCCCAGGCCAUGCCAUCGUUUCAUGGGGCCGAGGCAGAAGGAGCUUCAGAACAAGGGUGCCUGUGUAGCUCAUUACAUGUGGGGUCACUGCCCAGCAGGGCACUGAGGGCAGGCCAGUUCUGUCAGGGACAUGACCUCUGCAUGCCUGAGCUCUUCUCUACUGCCAGCCUUGAGGAGAGCACAAGCCCCUCCCCCCCAGCCCUUUUAAAGACAAUAGAGACCUCCAAGGGUACUCCUUUGGAAAAGAAAUGUAGCACAAUCUUAGACUGCAUCGCCAGGAGCCCUGACAUGGUACCCAGGGUUCCUGCUUGGUGCCCUGCUGUCCAGGAGAUGCUGAACUCCGUCCCUGGGGCUCCAGAGCUCCGAAUACCUCCGAUUCCCCAGUUUCCUCGACCCGGAAAGCAGCAGGGCUUCAGUGAGACUGCUUUUCUGUUUCUCUGAUUGCUUCCUGCACUGUGCACACUCCACGCAAGAAAUUCUACUGUCUUGACUUGAUCCAGCUGGCCGUCGAGCUGUCCUCCGCCUAGCUGGAGAGAGAUGGUGCCCUCCUUUGGAGCCAGGAGGCAGGCCAGCAGUAUUUUCAUGGUGGCUGCAAGGAGAUGGAAAGAAGAGGCUACUUCCCUGCCUUUCUCUUCUUCAGCACGGAAAGAGGUUCUUUCUCGUUCGUGCUGCUUCCUGUAAUGGAUUAUCUUUCACUGAGUGAUCAGGGAGGAGACUGAUCCCCUGCCUACUCACAGGAGAGACUAGGAUGAAACAAAACCACCAGGAUUGAAGGGCAGGGAACCCCACCCAGUCAGGAGAGGCCUGAUAGGGUUAUUGUUGUUGUUGUUAUUAUUAUUAUUUUGAAAGUGUGCCUGAGCAUCUCAGAGCAAUGUCAGUGAUGCCAAAGAGAGCAACUUGGCCUCCAUGGGCACCAACUUUCCUGGAGGAGCCACGGUUAGUUGGCUUGCCUCAUGGCGGGACCUUGUUCUCUGACAAAGGGCUUAAUCUUUCCAUGUAGCAAAGUAACUCCCCUCCCCCUCCCCACCCUGAGCUCCAGCUUUUAUGGGCCCAGCAUGGCUGUGCCUGUGAGGGAAGCCACACAAUAAGAGAAGUGUACAGUCUCUCAGGAGCCUAGCUUAGCUCAAGGCAAGUGAUGGUGUGAGUGUUCAUGCUUUGGGCGAACCUCCCCACGUCUGGCUGAACAUAGGCAAGUAAGGACAGGGGCCUUGGGCCUCCCAGUUGAGUUCACACCAGUAGUGCCCCUGGGACAGGGUUCUAGAGAACUUGACUAACUGAAAUAGAUUCUAGGAAUUCCAGGGGCCACAGAGCAUCUGCAUAAUUGCUCAAUGGCCUGGAAAGCUAGCUACAGAGAACCAAAAGCUGUUAAGAAUUUUACUAGAAACUGUGACAUUGUAUAAGACUCCUUCCUUUUCUGGACCUCAGCUUCCUCAUUUGCAGAAUCAGAGCAUACCCUCCAGGUUUUAAGUCUGAUCUGGAGCUGAUGAGGGUUGUGAGCUUAGUGUUCCUAGUUCCAGUGGGUGGUUUCUUCCAACCCCUGGUGCCUGAGCAGGGCACAGGUCCUUGUCCGGUUCCCUACCCCCUACCACAUCCCCCAGAUGCUGCUUCUGAACUCUGGGAAACCUAACAGACUCUGCUUUUACCUCCUUAUGGUUUGUUUACCCUCUUCUAUCCUUGUGUGUCAGUGGGAAACAAUUAAGGGUUGUCUGCAGUGGGCAAUUUUCAAGGUGCUGAAGUGAUGUCACAACCUCAGCUGCAUCCUGAGUAAGUCAGUGUCCCCACCAGCAGACGAGGCUUAGCUGCUCCUCGUUUCUGCUUCUAGAAUGACAUCAGCAGAAAUAGUGGAACAUUUUUUCGAGGAAAUGCUCUCUGGCAAGGAGAGGUGGGGGACUUAUUUCCCUUCAAAGUAUUUUACUUCUUAAAAACCACUCCUCUCACCAGAAUGUCUUAGCAGACAUCCUCUCAGAAAACAUCGUGGCUGCUUCCCUAGAAAAGUUGGCUGGAUUGUUCAACUCCUUUAGAAUGUAAAUUCAGAGGAGGCAGGAACCGCUUUUUAUAGAUUCCCCCCCCCCAAAAAAAAUGCGUCCUGCAAAGAAAGAGAUAGCUGACAGGGACUGACAAGCACACCGUUUAGAUAAGAAGCAAUUAGCCUUUUCUAUCUGUGCUCUAUACAUUUUCUUUGUGCAGCAUCUCUCCAAACUUGUGGCUCCUGGGUGGCAGGUGGGCAGCUGGAAAGGACUGCCAGCUGUUUCGUACGACAUUCUUGCCAAUUUCCUUGAGGAGAAAAUUCUUCACAUGGCUUCUGCAUGUACAGUAUUUGUGCAGCAAAAAAAUAAGUAAAUAAAAUAAAAAAUGAAAGUCAGUUUGAAAA